AUGGCGGACCGCUACAUCCCAGAGCAUCGUCGUACCCAAUUCAAGGCAAAGAACACAUUCAAGCCAGAAGAGUUGAGACGCCGCCGCGAGGAACAGCAGGUUGAGAUUAGAAAAGCAAAGCGCGAAGAGAAUUUGGCAAAGAGAAGAGGUAUCGCAGGUGCAGAUGGCUCUCGUCCUGGAGCCGCUCUCGGCGCAGAACCAGACAGCGACGAUGACACUGCUCCCACUGAAAGUCAGUUGAACGAGGACCUCCCUCAGAUGGUCCAUGGUGUUUUCUCCGACCAAAUCGAUCUUCAGAUCCAAGCGACCACCAAGUUCCGAAAGCUUCUUUCGAAAGAGCGCAACCCCCCAAUCGAAGAGGUCAUUAAAACUGGUGUAGUUAGCCGAUUUGUCGAAUUCCUCCGCUCUCCUCAUACACUUGUCCAAUUCGAAGCCGCCUGGGCAUUGACCAACAUUGCAUCUGGGUCUGCGCAACAGACACAAGUUGUCAUCGAAGCCGGAGCUGUACCCAUAUUUGUCGAAUUGCUAAAAAGCCACGAGCCAGAUGUCAGGGAGCAAGCCGUCUGGGCUUUAGGAAACAUUGCUGGUGAUAGCCCAUCAUGCAGAGACUAUGUACUUAGCUGUGAUGCUUUGAAGCCGCUCCUCGCUCUUUUGGGCGAUAGCCGCAAAUUAAGUAUGCUCCGCAACGCCACAUGGACUUUGAGCAACUUCUGCCGUGGAAAGACCCCGCAGCCAGAUUGGAAUACAAUCUUACCCGCCCUCCCAGUACUCGCGAAAUUGGUCUACUCUCUCGAUGAUGAAGUGUUGAUCGAUGCCUGCUGGGCUAUCUCCUACCUUUCCGAUGGCGCAAACGACAAGAUCCAAGCUGUCAUUGAGGCGGGCAUUCCACGUCGUCUUGUGGAGCUGCUCACGCAUGCGUCUACAUCAGUACAAACCCCAGCGCUUCGAUCGGUUGGUAACAUCGUCACUGGAGAUGAUGUUCAGACACAAGUCAUCAUCAACUGCGGUGCUCUUCCAGCUCUGCUUUCGCUUCUUAGCUCCGGAAAAGAUGGAAUUCGCAAGGAAGCAUGUUGGACUAUCUCCAACAUCACUGCUGGGAACUCCACACAGAUCCAAGCUGUUAUUGAUGCCAACAUCAUCCCGCCUCUUAUUCACCUGUUGUCUAAUGGUGACUUGAAGACUCGAAAGGAAGCGUGCUGGGCCAUCUCGAAUGCUACUUCUGGUGGCCUCCAAAAGCCAGAGCAAAUUCGAUUACUCGUCCAGCAAGGUUGCAUCAAGCCUUUGUGCGAUCUUCUCGCCUGCCCCGACAACAAGAUCAUUCAAGUAGCACUCGAUGGUCUUGAGAACAUUUUGAAGGUUGGUGAGAUGGACAAGGACGCCGCUGCUGAUGGAUCCGAGAGCAUCAACAGAUAUGCUCUGUUCAUCGAGGAGGUCCAAGGAAUGGAGAAGAUUCACGACUGCCAAACAAAUGCCAACGAAGAAAUUUACAUGAAGGCAUACAACAUGAUCGAGAAAUACUUUUCUGACGAGGAAGAAGCCGAAGGUGAUACUCAACAAGGUGCGCCUAGCAACGAGAACAGCUUCGGGUUCGGCAAGAACCCUGCCGCGGGUGGUGCCGGUUUCAACUUUGCCAGUUCGAAUGGCGGAGACUCGAUGGACAUGUAA